UUUUAUAGACAUUUUUUCUACAUGUUUAUGCUUUACGCUAAUGUCAUGGACACCACUGGGGAGAUGAAAUUGUUACUGUUUGACUCUAUUUGCACGGAGAUAAUAGGGCAGUCUGCUCCAUCUGUUCUUGACGGCUCUCUUGAUGAGAUUGAGGAUCCAAACAAUUUGCCAGAUCCCCUAAACAAUCUUAUUGGGAAAACUUUUCUGUUUCUGGUGUGUAUCGAGAGGGAAAAUAUAUGGGAUGGGAAAGAAAUCUACAGGGUUUCUAAGGCUCUGUUGAAGCAUGGUGUACUACCAGAAGAGUUAUUGGAGUAUUCUACAGAAAUGUUCAGAGAAACUUCCAUUGAAUCUGCAGACAAGGUUAUAUUCAUAUAACUAUUCACUACAACAACUCUAUCUUCAAUGUUAAUUUAUUAUAAAAACCAAUGUUUAGUUAUACAUUCUAUUUAUACUAAUUACUAGAAACGGAUCCGCGCUACAGCGCGGUGGAAUA